AUGAGAAACUCAGGUUUUGAAAAAUUUUGUUUGUUGAAUUUCACUUGUCAAUUCCUCUGUCAGUCACCAAACGACAACGUGUUUACCCGUCCGGAGCAUAAAAUGCUAUGUGUUUGUUUUAAUGGCGACAGAAAAUGGGUUCAUAGAAAAAAAGUGGAAAUAAUCGUUGUACGUUUGGUCAGCGAAAGUUUCAAUUACAACGCCGUGGACCGAGCAAAGGCUCGCACCAAACAACACGUGGCAUCCCGGUUUCCCGAACUGGGACGACAUUUUCACCGAUUGGGUUUACCCCCAAAGGUUGGAUCCUUCCAGUUGUUUGUAGAUUCAUGUCGAGACGCUGAAUAUUGGCUCAAGCGUUUUGACAACGAGUCGUUACCUAAACCCACAGCUGAAGAACUGCAGUUCCAAUUUGAAAAGCUGGUCGUGCUGGAUUACGUGAUCCGGAAUACCGAUCGCGGCAACGACAAUUGGCUCAUUCGAUACGAAACGUCUGAUCUCAGCGAAAAUUCAGCCGAGUACCUCAUCACGAUUGCUCGUUUUUAUACGAAUUCACCAAUUUUAUUCCCUUUACCUCCACAGGAUUCCCAAGCCGAAUGGGGUGUUGUAAAGAUGCCAAAGAUUCAAGUUUUCGCAAUCGACAAUGGCCUGGCUUUUCCCAUGAAGCAUCCGGAUGAAUGGAGAGCGUGUACGUUUACCAGCUUCAUUCGGCGUAACAUACCCCUGAUACUCUGGUGCAUCCAAUUCCCUGUGCACCUCAUCAUCGAGGUGUACUUCGUUAUUAUGGGGAGAGGCUCAUGUAUGUUCUAUGCUAUAUUUCAUGCACACCGCCCCCCGCCCCAUUCUGUUGAGUUUGUCAGAAGACAGAAAUGUUUGGAACAGAUGCCCAAUUUUUCAAGUCAAAGUUCAUUACAAGACGUAAUUAAUCACCCGUAA